UCAUUGACAUUUCUCUCUAGAGUUGUUGAAUAGAGAGGAGAAGAGAAGAGAGGAGAAGAGUAAGACAGAGAGAGACAACCAAAAGAAACCGAAACCAGAGGAAUCAUGGUUUCAACGAGAAGAAGUGGAUCUCUAUCUGGUAGUAGCAACAAGCGACCCUCCUCCUCGGAAGAUAAGCCUCCGUCGCCGAAGCGUAACAAGACUGAUAAUGGUGGAGUGUCAGAGAAAUCGAUGCCAUCAACGGAGAAUCCUAAAGAAUUACGCAUUCCAGAAGGGGUAGAUCCCGGGGAAUGCGGGCCCGCUGAUGCUGGAGGAGGCACUAGAGAUGGCAUGGGUGAUUGGAAGGGUGAGACGGUGCCGGCGGUUGCAGUCAUGCCUUCUGUCGCUGAGGGGUCCACUUCUGUUGCGGCUGAAAAGGCCAGGAAUAUUUCGUCUUCUUUCCAUCUGCAACCAAAGCAAAAUCUGGUUUCCGAGACACCAUGGUGUAAGCUUCUCUCACAGUUUGGGCAGAAUGCAAAUAUAGUUAUUUGUGCAUCAAUUUUCACAAUUGGCUCAAGCAGACAUUGCAAUCUUUCCCUGAAAGACCAAACGAUCAGUGCAAUUCUAUGUAAGAUCAAGCACACACAGCAAGAAGGCAAUGUGGUUUCCGUACUGGAAAGUACUGGUAGCAAGGGAUCACUGCAAGUAAAUGGGAAAGUUGUCAAGAAGAAUACAAGUUACGUACUUAAAUCUGGUGACGAGGUGGCUUUCGGCUUGCUGGGGAACCAUGCUUAUAUUUUUCAGCAACUUGUAACUGAGGGUACCGUUAAGAGUCCCGAGGUUCAUAGUAGUGUGGGUAAAUCUCUGCAACUUGAAAGGAGAUCAGGGGAUUCUUCAGCUGUUGCUGGGGCUUCCAUAUUGGCAUCUCUUUCUAGUCUGAGGCAAGAUUUAUCGUGUUGGAAAUCUCCAGCACAGACCACUGGUAAAGUCUCCAAAGGCACAGAGGUGCCAGCUGAUACUUCUGUUCAAAAUGCUACGAAUGCUGAGGUUGAUGGCUUGGAAGACCAUUUAGCUCCAAAUGCAAGGGGUGAUGGAGCAGUAGACAUUGGAGUAGCAGUCAGCAAGAAUUUUCCUUCUGGAUUCAAUCAUGACUGCAACGUAUUGGAAGAACAGAAUGAGUGGAUGAGGGGUUCACAGUCUGCAUCAACAUCAGGCGUGUCUUUGCGCUGUGCAGUGUUCAGAGAAUACGUUCUUGCUGGAAUAGUUGAUGGUGGAAACAUACAAGUUUCUUUUGACGAAUUUCCAUAUUAUCUAAGUGAGAAUACAAAAAAUGUGCUCAUUGCAGCUACAUUUUUACACCUGAAACACAAAGAACACGCAAAGUAUACCUCAGAGCUUGCUUCUGUGAAUCCACGAAUACUACUGUCUGGUCCUGCAGGGUCUGAGAUAUACCAGGAGAUGUUGGCAAAGGCACUUGCUAAGUACUUUGGGGCGAAAUUGCUCGUAUUUGACAGCCAGUCAGUUUUGGGUGGUUUGUCUUCAAAAGAAGCAGAGCUGCUAAAGGAUGGUUUUAAUGGAGACAAAUCUUGUUCUUGUACCAAACAAAGUCCUGUAGCGCCUGAUUUAGCAAAGACCAUGAGCCCAUUAGCUGGUGAAGCAGAGACACUUAGCUCUUCAAGCUUAACUUCCUCUUAUGGGCUGGAAUAUCAGCCAAAGAUGGAGGCAGAAAAUCUACCAUCUUCUUCAGGAACAUCUAAAGCUCACCUGUUUAAAGUAGGUGACAGAAUAAGAUUUCUAGAUACAGCUUCUCUCUCUUUAUGUACACCUUCAUCUCCUCCCAGGGGCCCACCAUAUGGUAUCCGUGGAAAGGUUAUGUUAGUUUUUAAGGACAAUCCUUUGUCAAAAGUUGGGGUGAGGUUUGAUAAGCCCAUACCUGAUGGGGUUGAUCUUGGAGGCCUAUGUGAAGUCAGUCAUGGAUUCUUCUGCAGUGCCACUGAUCUUCGUCUGGAUAACACUGGAGGGGAAGAUUUGGACAAGUUGCUUAUUAACGAACUAUUUGAGGCUGUAUACAGUGAGAGCAGAAGUUCACCUUUCAUUUUGUUCAUGAAAGAUGCUGACAAAUGUAUUGUAGGAAAUUCAGAUUCAUAUUCCACAUUCAAAAGCAAAGUGGAGAAACUUCCUGAUAAUGUUGUUGUAAUUGGGUCACAUACCCAAUCCGACAAUCGUAAGGAGAAGUCCCAUCCAGGUGGUCUGCUUUUCACGAAAUUUGGUGGCAACCAAACUGCUCUUCUCGACUUGGCUUUUCCGUUUUCUCAGGAUAGUUUGGGAAAACUCCAUGACAAGGUGAAAGAAGUUCCAAAAUCAACAAAACUUCUUACCAAGCUUUUCCCAAAUAAAGUCGCCAUUCACAUGCCACAGGAUGAGUCACUUCUAGUGUCCUGGAAGCAUCAGUUGGAUCAAGAUGCAGAAACUCUUAAAAUGAAAGGAAAUCUGAAUCACCUGCGCACUGUUAUCACUCGAAGUGGGAUGGAAAUUGAAGGCCUUGAUAUGUUAUGCAUUAAGGAUCAAACUCUUUCCAAUGAAAGUGCAGAGAAGAUAGUUGGAUGGGCUUUAAGCCAUCAUCUAAUGCAGAACCCUGAUGCGAAUCCUGACACAAAGAUCGUAUUGUCGAGUGAGAGCAUCCAGUAUGGAAUUGGAAUCUUACAGGCUAUUCAGAAUGAAUCAAAAAGCUUGAAGAAGUCACUCAAGGAUGUUGUGAUGGAAAAUGAGUUUGAGAAAAGGCUUUUGGCUGAUGUUAUUCCUCCCAGUGACAUUGGAGUUACAUUUGAUGAUAUUGGGGCUCUUGAAAAUGUCAAGGAUACAUUGAAAGAGUUAGUGAUGCUCCCUUUACAAAGACCUGAACUUUUCAGCAAGGGACAAUUGACCAAGCCUUGCAAGGGAAUACUCUUAUUUGGACCUCCUGGAACUGGAAAGACCAUGCUUGCAAAGGCUGUGGCAACUGAAUCUGGGGCGAACUUCAUCAACAUUUCCAUGUCGAGCAUCACAUCUAAGUGGUUUGGUGAGGGUGAGAAGUACGUGAAAGCGGUUUUUUCACUAGCUAGUAAAAUUGCCCCAAGUGUGAUAUUUGUUGAUGAGGUUGAUAGCAUGUUAGGGCGGAGGGAAAAUCCAGGAGAGCAUGAGGCAAUGCGUAAGAUGAAAAAUGAAUUUAUGGUAAACUGGGAUGGCCUGCGAACAAAAGACAUGGAGCGCGUUUUGGUACUUGCGGCCACAAAUAGGCCUUUUGACCUUGAUGAGGCCGUCAUAAGACGGCUGCCGCGCAGAUUGAUGGUAAAUCUUCCAGAUCCUCCAAAUAGGGCAAAGAUACUGAAAGUAAUUUUGGCCAAGGAAGAUUUGUCUCCUGACUUUGAUUUUGAUUCAAUUGCAAAUUUGACGGACGGAUAUUCUGGAAGUGAUCUCAAGAAUCUUUGUGUAGCCGCUGCACAGCGUCCUAUCAAAGAGAUACUGGAAAAGGAGAAAAAGGAACUUGUGGCAGCACUAGCAGAAGGUAGAUCUCCUCCGGCCUUGAGUGGGAGUGAUGAUAUACGAUCUUUAAACCUCGAUGACUUUAGAUAUGCUCAUGAACGGGUAUGCGCGAGUGUUUCCUCAGAGUCGGUAAACAUGACCGAGCUUUUGCUAUGGAAUGAUCUGUAUGGGGAAGGGGGCUCUAGAAGAAAGAAGGCUCUCAGCUACUUCAUGUGAAAAAUCUUUUGUACAAAUUGUACUUCUCUUCUAUUAAUUCUCUUAUGCUUUCUUAAAGGCUUUGCCCAAGUGAUUUUGUUUGCCUUGUAUAAGUGCUUGCUGGGGAGCUAUUUUUAUUUUUGAAUGUAUAAUAAUGAAAUAAUAAUAGUAUCAUAAGUUAUGGGCUUUUUUAUCCCUUAAUUUGGGGAUGAUUGGUAUAAAAUGAGAAUGAAGCCAGCCCUAAUUUCUGCA